AUAGGGAGAAGCAGUUUCAGCCUGCGCUCUGGUAUUCCAGGGACUGAGGGCUGGAUCGCACCAGAGGUUCUACGUGAUGGGCGAACGCAGAACCCAACAUCAGCGGUGGACAUAUUCUCAGCCGGUUGUGUAUUUUAUUAUGUCCUGGCACAUGGGAAACACCCGUUUGGUGACAGCCUCAGAAGACAAGGAAAUAUACUGAAUGGGUCAUACCAACUCCCACAUUUGGAGGAGGAGACACACGAAAAUGUAGUCGCACGGGAUCUCAUCGAGAGGAUGAUCAGCAAUGACCCUCAGCUCCGGCCAUCGGCAGCCUGUGUUCUGAGACAUCCAUUCUUCUGGUCCCGAGAGAAGCAGCUGCAGUUCUUUCAGGAUGUUAGUGAUCGCAUUGAGAAGGAGCCUCAGGACGGUCCAAUAGUUGUUAGGCUGGAGACCGGAGCUCGUUCUGUUGUUCGUGUCAACUGGCGGUUAUAUAUAUCGGUUCCUUUACAGACAGACCUCAGAAAGUUCCGUUCCUACAAAGGGAAUUCUGUACGAGAUCUGCUGAGAGCUAUGAGAAAUAAGAAACAUCAUUAUCAUGAGCUGCCCUCAGAGGUCCAGGAGUCGCUGGGCACCAUUCCUGACGAUUUUGUAUAUUAUUUUACCUCUCGGUUUCCACUUCUACUCCUUCACACACACCAGGCGUUGGAACUGUGCGCAGGAGAGAGACCUUUCCAGAACUAUUACCACUGCGAAGCGCGGCGCUGA